UAAAUAUCAAUGCAAUUUGAAUGACUGUACGAAACGGUUCCGCAAUCAAUACAUACUUAAUAGACAUAGAAAUACACAUAAAUUAAUGGAUAGGGAUCUGAGUUGCAAUACUGAUGACAACGACAACAACAGUUAUCAAAGAAGUGGUAAUAGAAGUACAUUGAAGAUGAAAGUGACAAAACAAAUAACAACAGUUAACAACAGUAAUAGACAAAAACUAUUGAAUAUAUCUAUUGUCGACAACCGGAUGGCACAUAUCGGUGCCAAUUGGACGGCUGUAAGCAAACAUUUAGACAAUUAUCGCCACUAUAUAGACAUUUGACUAACCAUAGAGCUAACUACCGGUGCUUAAUUGAUGGCUGUAACUAUCUGGCCAGUCGUCCAGAAUAUUUAAGAUCGCAUCAAUUGAGUGAUCAUCAUAUGAUCAAUAAAACUAAUAAUAAUAAAAUCCAUCAAAAUCUAGUAGAAGUGGUAAACAGUGGUAAAACUAAUCAAAAGCGAAUCAAAUCGGCUGAUGAACUGAAAGCCAUGAAACUGUUUGAUCCGAUCAAAUGUCGGAUCAAACAAUCGGAUGGYCGUCCAUCCUAUCGGUGUCCAUGGGAUGGCUGUUCGAAAACAUUUAGAGAUCGAUCAUCGUUUUACAAGCACCGACACCAACAUUUAGGUACAUUCAAGUGUCCGAUCGAUUCGUGCAAUUUUAGGGCCGUAAGUGCCAGUACUUUGAAAAAACAUCAAACCAUACACUCGGAUGAUAAGCCAUACGAGUGCCGGGAUUGUCGUAAAUCAUUUUCAAUGAAACAACUGCUACAUAUACAUCGAUUGACUGUACAUCCCGAUGCCUAUCCCGACAUACCGUACAUGCAAUAUCCGGAAACUGGUUGCCMCUAUCGUGCAAAACUGUUGGCCCCAUUGAAUCAGCACAGACAGGCACAUAGUUUGCCAAUGGUUUGCCUAAAGUGUGGCAAACGUUGUCGAAAUAAUACCGAUCUUCGUAUACAUCAAUCCAAACACCAGUCGAUCAAACAAUACAAAUGCCGUUUAUGUGGCAAACAGUUUAAGACUGUUAGUCGUCAGAAAUGGCAUCACCGGCUACAUCACCAACAAAUGGACAUUAACUGUGAUUACGAUGGCUGUAACCAAACGUUUACWAUUAAACUASAAUAUCUUAGACAUCGGAAAACACACRUCAAMGACAAYRWCRAUCCMCGUCCGCACGCGUGUSAGUGGCCGGGAUGUGAGCGUAGGUUUAAGWCAAACUGUGAUAUGAUUUACCAUUUGAAUACACAUUCGGGUGAUACUGUCUACCGGUGCGAAUGGCCUGAAUGUGAUAAGACAUUUCUUCGUAAAUCAUCGUAUGUGAUGCAUAUUCAACGACACSAGGGUAAGCAUAYMUACCGGUGCUCGUGGCCUGAAUGCGAUUACAGUACACAAAACACUGUUAGACUAAAAAGUCAUAUAWUGAAACACAAGGGUAUAGUAGUCGACGGGAAAUAG